CUGUGGCAGCAGGUGGUGGCACCAUGUCAGCUCCCCUUGGCAGGAAAGGCGAAUAAACCGCUAGUGAGAGGGUGUAGAUGCUCCCAGCAGCACGGCCGUGGCCCAUUGCCCGAGGCAGGCUCUGCGAGGCUCCCUUCUGCGUGCUCAGGACACGCUCAGGGGGCUCAGUGCGAGGUCUCUUGCUUACUUUUGGACUUGGACAGGCCUAAUCUGUGAAGAUAAUUAAAGUUCCUCUACUCUGGAUGCUGGCCCGGCCAUGCCGCUGCCGCGGGCGGAGCUGGUGCGCAGCUCUCUGCAGCUCUACCGGUACCUGCUGCGCUGCUGCCGCCGCCUGCCCGCCGGCCCCGUCCAGCAGCACUACAGACACGCCAUCAGACAGAGUUUCAAGGUCCAUGCUGAUGAAGACGAUCCUGAGCGAAUCCAGCAGAUCAUUAAGAGAGCCAUUGAAGAUGCUGACUGGGUGAUGAAUAAAUAUAAAAACCAGAAGUAGAAGAGGAAGAAUGAAGCCAAGAAGGACUUCGUUCAAGAGGGAAAGGACCAUGGAGCUGGAAGGUACAGCCAUGGCAUGUCUGCAGCUCCAGAUGUCUGAGGUGCCAGCUGAGAUAUGGGAGCAUCAGACCAAAGGUAUGAUAGAUGUAAUUGACAUGAAGGACCAGGAUCUGAGAAUUUUAGGGUUUGGAAAGUGAUAGAGCAUUCAAUUCUCAGUAGGGCAGACAGAGAGCAAGGUUGGUGAGGCAGCAGACAUCAUGAGUAAAUAUUUUAAUAGUACUGAUUCAACUGGAGGUAUGAGAAGAUGUCUGAGGGACUUUUGUACAAACAUAAUCUGGUCUUCAAAGUAAAAAAAACCUUUUAAUAGAAUCAAAGAUAA